AUUAUUAUUUUCGUUGUGAUGGAACCUUUAUGUCCAGCCUCCGUUCAUAGCGGAACGUGAACACGUUUCCAGCGUCAUUUCCGCCUAUGCUAGACUGCUGUUUUGUUGUAUAUAAUGCGCACUAAUCGCUUAAAUGGCCCUUCAAAUGGGUUCGGAAACGAGUAGUGGAAGUAGAAUAGGUGUCUAGAGAGUCCCACACUGUUAUCUAAAACUUGUUUUCGGAAUACUAUGUUCAAAAAGAUGACUGAAUUUGGACCAGAUUCCGGAGGGCGCGUUAAGGGAGUGACGAUAGUGAAGCCCAUUGUGUUUGGAAAUGUUGCCCGUUACUUUGGAAAGAAGAGAGAGGAGGAUGGACACACACAUCAGUGGUCUGUCUAUGUGAAACCCUACAGAAACGAGGAUAUGUCCGCCUAUGUAAAGAAGAUCCAGUUCAAGUUACACGAGAGCUAUGUAAACCCCUUGAGAGUGGUCACAAAGCCUCCAUAUGAGAUCACAGAGACAGGAUGGGGAGAGUUUGAAAUCAUCAUCAAGAUUUUCUUUAUUGACCCUAAUGAGAGACCUGUUACUCUGUACCAUCUCCUGAAGCUGUUCCAAUCAGAUUCCAGCGCCAUGCCGAAGAAAACGGUCGUCUCUGAGUUCUAUGAUGAAAUGAUUUUUCAGGAUCCAACAGCCAUGAUGCAACAGUUGCUGACCACAUCCAGACAACUCACCCUUGGAGCUUAUAAGCACGAGACAGAAUUUGGUGAACUGGAACAAAGGACAAAGGAGAAAUUGGAAGCAGCAAAGAAAAGAACGAGCCAAGAAAUCACUGAGCUUAAAGAUAGGCUGAAAGCCAACAGGGAAAACAUCAAUCACCUGAAGGGAGAGAUCAGGAAGCUUGAGGAAGACGGAGAUCACAAAGAGCACUGAAAGGUGCUCAAAAACAGACAAGAAUGGUUUGUAUUAGCCCUCUUCUCUGAAUCCAAAAUGAGCCUUGUUUUGGAGACACAUUGUCUUGGAUGUGAAUCCCAUAUUUUUGUGUCUCCUUUCUUUUUUCUCUUUUCACAUACGGGGACAGACUUCGCUUUGCUUAAAAUAAACAAACAAAAACCUUCAGCUUGACAGCUCAAUCUCCAAAACAUCUGAAUGUUAGUGCUUUUGAUUUAUUUCCAUGUCUGGAAUAAAAAUGUGUAGAAUUGUUUGUAGCUUAGUCAAGAAGUUUUGUGUGAUUUUUGGGGCCUUUUUUAUGCACAGAUAUUACUGAAUAAUAAUAUAUGUGCAUAAAAGGCUCACACCUAUGAGUUGCCUUUCUUUUCUGUUCUUAUAUAAAGAAACUGGUAACAACAA